CCGUCCCGUAUGGCGCCAUGUUCUAUGCGGACGCAGGAGACAGACGAGUCGGAGCAUUUUCAUGCUCUGUGACGCAAAACGGGCAGACAGGAAAGGCCGUUGCCUUUAAGAUCAAGGAAACAGCAUAUGUCCUACCCGAGGCGUUCACUGUGAGAGCCAACAUCGGGGAAAGCGCGACUUUACAAGUGACCAAAACGGGCACUUGGCAGCAGAACUGGACAGACGACCAGAUCAGAUGGAGCAAAGAUGGACAGGUACUAGUACCAGGCCGACAGGGACUCCAGCUGACCAUCCCCAAUGUACAGACAGCUGAUGGAGGAAUAUACGAGGCCUACAUGGAUGGGCAACGGGACACGUGGAACCAUGCCUUCGCCAGACUUAUUGUCAGAGCCUGUCCUACAGGCAUGUGGGGGCUCCCACAGUGCACCAACACCUGCCCUGCCUGUAACAACGGAGGUGUGUGCGACCCCGAGACAGGCCGCUGCAUCUGCAGUCCUGGCUUCCACGGCACAAACUGUAACUCAGUAUGUGACGCUCCCCACAAGUUCGGCCAGACGUGCAGCCACAUCUGUACUUCCAAGGACUGCAAUCAGAAGCUGCUGUGUGCGGCUGACCCCUUCGGCUGUUCCUGUGCCCCCAGCUUCAGAGGCAUCAUGUGCACGGAAAGGUGCAGUACUGGAACAUUUGGAGCAGGCUGUACCCAGACUUGCAACUGUAUUGGUACUUGCGAUAGGGCCUCAGGGGCAUGUGAUGCACAGGGGUGCUCAGCAGGGUGGACUGGUCCAAGCUGUCAAGAGCGUGCCCCUGUCGAUGUAACCCUUGUGAGUUCCUCCCACAUCCUUGAUGGUAAUGCAACAGACCUCCUCUGCCGCACGGCACAGGGAACCAUACAACAGUUUCAGUCAUGGCCGGUCAGGAGGGUCGGGGGUGUUGGUCCAGGAAAUCCCUUUGACGAUGCCUCUUCCCAACGGCUGGGUGACUACGGUGCCAGGUUCAUGGCUGCUGCAGGGGUCAAACGGGUCGGAGCUUUCUCCUGCCAGGUGGACAGCGAUGGGAGGUCAGGGUCCGCUGUCUCCUUCAAGGUCAAGAUCAAUGCAUACCUUCUACCAGAGGUGUUCACAAGGACAGUCAGUGUGGGGGAGUCUGUUGUGUUGAGGAUGACCAAGACAUCCAACUGGCAGGCAGGCUGGUCUGACAACCAGGUCAAGUGGAGAAAGGAUGGAGAGCUACUAGAUAAUCGAGAGGGACUCCUACUGACCAUCCCCAGUGUGCAGACAUCACACGAAGGUAUCUACGAGGCUUACAGGGAUGGGCAACGGAGCAAUUGGAGCCACGCCUUCAGCAGACUCAUCGUCCGAGCCUGUCCCACCAACAAGUGGGGCCCAGACUGCAGGAACAGGUGUCCUGUCUGUUACAAUGGAGGUGUGUGUCACGUGGGGACGGGCAAGUGCAUCUGUGCGCCUGGUUUCCGUGGCGACAGCUGUCAAUCAGGUGACUGCUCCUUCUUCUUCAAGUUUUAAACCUUGUGGUGACAG